AUGACGACAAAACCAAGCGUCCUGAUACGUCCAGCCCGAGCAGACGAUGCCAGUGAUCUACUGUACUUGCAUCAACUGGCCGCCGUGGAUCCGCAAGGUCUGGUUCGACAACCACAAGAAAUCACACUCGAAUUCAUUGUGGAAGGAUUCCUUCUCCCCUGUCUGCAGUCGGGUAUCAUUUUAGUGGCGGAACUACCGGUCGAAGAAGAUGACAACGAAGAUGAACAUGAUUGCAAGACGAAACAACAACGCAUUGUGGGAGAUAUGCAUGCCUUGAAUCCAACAUCCCCGAUUGCCUUUCAACACUUGCUCACCGAUGUAUCCAUUGCGGUGCUCCCCUCUGUACAAGGGCAAGGGAUUGGUCGCAAGCUAUUCCAAGACUUUUUUCAUCGGAUACCCACUCAUAUUGCUCGAGUGGAACUGUACACGCUGUCUACCAAUGCCAGAAACGUCCAAUUCUACGAACGAAUGGGAUUUGUCAAUGAAGGUACACAAACCAAUAGGAUCUUUUACUACGACUGUGACCAAACUGAUGGCAAAGCUGUACAAGAAGCAGAAGAAGAAGACGAAGCAGCAGCAGAACUUCGAACGCCCAUUCACAUGGCAUGGCUCAAUCCCAACUUUGACAUGAAAGAACUGCUUCUGCAUCACAAGAAGAGCUUGAAAAAACACGUAACUUGA